AUGAAGAUCGUACUCAUCACGGCUGCCGUUCUUGCCGUGGCUAUCGCUGGUCCAACAAACCGGGUCCAUGUUGCAGACGUGCCUGAACCUGCUCCCAUCGCUAGCGGCCCCGCCUUAGUCGAUAAUCUGGAGCCCAUUAUAGUAGGCCCUCCUAGUAUCGAGCCUAUCAUUGUUGCUCCUGUCCUUGUUGACAACUACCAACCCAUCGCUAACGGCCCUGCCCUGGUCGACAAUCUAGAGCCCAUUGUAGUAGGCCCUCCUAGUAUCGAGCCUAUCAUUGUUGCUCCUGUCCUUGUUGACAACUACCAACCCAUCGCUAGCGGCCCCGCUCUGGUCGAUAAUCUUGAACCCAUCGUUGUAGGUCCUCCUAGUAUCGAGCCUAUCAUUGUUUCUCCCGUCCUUGUUGACAACUACCAACCCAUCGCUAGUGGCCCUGCCCUGGUCGACAAUCUAGAGCCCAUAGUAGUAGGCCCUCCUAGUAUUGAGCCUAUCAUUGUUGCUCCUGUUCUUGUCGACAACUAUGAAUCCAUCGCUAGUGGCCCCGCCCUGGUCGAUAAUCUCGAACCUAUUGUUGUAGGCCCUCCUAGUAUCGAGUCAAUAAUAGUAGGCCCCGCCCUUGUCGACGGUUUCGAGCCCAUUGCAGUUGGGCCAGCUCUUGUUGAUAACCUUGAGCCAAUUGUUGUCAGUCCUCCUGUCGUCGUUGGACCGCCUGCCGUCGUUGGACCACCAGUCAUUGACAACUUUGAGCCCAUUGCUGUCGGCCCUGCUCUUGUAGACAACUUUGAGCCAAUUGUUGUCAGUCCUCCUGCCGUCGUUGGACCGCCUGCCGUCGUUGGACCGCCUGUCGUCGUUGGACCGCCUGUCAUUGACAACUUUGAGCCCAUUGCUGUCGGCCCUGCUCUUGUUGACAACUUUGAGCCAAUUGUUGUCAGUCCUCCUGUCGUCGUUGGACCUCCUGCCGUCGUUGGACCGCCUGUCAUUGACAACUUGGAGCCCAUUGCUGUCGGCCCUGCUCUUGUUGACAACUUUGAGCCAAUUGUUGUCAGUCCUCCUGUCGUAGUUGGACCGCCUGCCAUCGUUGGACCACCUGUCGUUGUUGGACCGCCUGUCAUUGACAACUUUGAGCCCAUUGUUGUCGGCCCCGCUCUUGUUGACAACUUUGAGCCAAUUGUUGUCAGCCCUCCUGUCAUCGAGCCUGUCAUCGUGGGACCACCAGUUAUUGACAACUACGAGCCCAUCGCUGUUGGCCCUGUUAUCGUUGAAGACAACGAGUCUGCGGCCAAUCCAUCUGCCGUUCCUGGAACCGCUUCUUUAGUACAGAUUAUUGUGAAUGUUUAA